AUGUGCAUUCCAUUCGAUGCAUGGUUCGGUCUGCGAGACGGCGGGCGGUGCGUUGGCUUGGCUGCUGCCCGUGUGACGCCGUCCGGAAUGCCUACCCUAUACCUACCGGAGGACGCCCCACCGCAGCCGGCGGCAUGUGAAAUUCGCCGGAGCUUCGAUGCAGGCGAGCCCGUCGACCACGACGGUACGCGCACAAGUGCCGGCACAGACGAGACGUUGCAUCGACCGGCAUCGCUUCGAUCCGUUGCUUCCGAUGCAUUUUUGCCCCUCUCCAUCCGCUGGAGCUUCUUCCACCGUCCUCCCACGGCUUUCCACCACCCAACAGCUGGCUUCACCUCCCGCCGCGGCCAACAAACGACCAUCUUCCAUCGCCCACCUCUCGACCUUUCGACCUUUUACCCUCACAUCUCCCUCCGCCGGGCGCCCUCUUCACCAGCCAUGGCCCAGCAGCCGCUCUUCACCAUCCCCAUCCCGCCCAUGGGUGCCCACGUCGGCGGCUCCAUCGUCUGCACCGAGCCGGCGCCCUCCGUCUACCUCCUCACCUGGUCCUCGCCGCCCGACAAUCGGUUGACGACGCCCUUCUGCCACGCCCUCCUCUCGGCCCUCGACGUCAUCGAGUUUGGCGGCUACAAGCCCGGCGUCGUCGUCACCACGAGCGCCAUCCAAAAGUUCUACUCCAACGGCCUCGACCUCGAGCAUGCCAUCAACACCGACGGCUUCUGGGCCCUCUUCUACCAGGUCUGGCGCCGCUUCCUCACGUACGUUGCCCCCCCCGUCAACGUCCGUUGCGUCGAAAAUCCGCGACCAAGGCUGACGCAAACUCGCGCCGCCAGCUUCCCCAUGCCCACGCUGGCUCUCCUCAACGGCCACACCUACGCCGGCGGCCUCAUGCUCGCCCUCUCCCACGACUACCGUCUCGCCCCCUCGCCCCGCGGCUUCAUGUGCCUCAACGAGAUGCUCUUCGGCGCGCCCCUCAAGCCCGCCAUGGCUGCCAUCUUCCGCCACAAGCUGACGCCGCUGGCCUACCGAAGCGUCGCCCUCGAGGCCCGCCGCUUCUCCGCCGCCGAGGCUGUCGAGAUGGGCCUCGCCGACGGCAUCGCCACCUCCCUCGACGACGCCCUCAAGUUCAUCGCCGACCGGGACCUCCUCUCGAAGCCCAAGGCCGGCGUCUACGGCGUCAUCAAGGCCGAGAUGCACAAGACGCUCAUCGCCGAGCUCAAGAGCCCCGGCCUCGACGCCGAGGAGGCUCGCUUCGACCAGGAUCAGAGGACGGAUGGGGAGAGGAAGGAGUUUGGCAAGGUCUGGUACGAGCAGUGGGCCAAGGACGCGGCCAAGUCCAAGCUGUGA